CGUACGUACGUGUAGCUGGCUGGCUGGGCUGGCCAACUAAGUGCGAUAGUCGGCUUCUUUCUUCAUGUCAUGUGGGUGUAUUUAACGACUUUCUGUGGUACUAAAUUAAACAUUCCUCACUGGAGAAUGGAAUAGUUUCCAGGGGUCACUAGCUUGUACAGAGCCAGCUCAAGAACUUGACAGACAGGAUCAAGAUGAUGUGAUGAUGAAGGCAGAAUAGCCAUUGUGUAUGGCAGUAACCAUGAGAUACACAUUCAGGAAGAAGCAUGCCCUGGCUUUGUUUGCCAUGCUGCUGUUCCUCUGCGCCAUGUGGAUGUUAAAACAAGAAGGAGAGAUUAGCAAAGAGCUGUCCACCUCAUCCGUGCAGGAACUACAGCCAGUCAACCUGAUGUAUCCCGUGGGGGAGGGGCAGUACAGGAAAGAACAGCAGCGCAUUGUGCUGGAACAACAGCAGAGCUUCGAAAUGGAUGUGGGUCCAGUUGAGAUAAAAAGAGGCAACUACAAAACAGGAGGGUCUUGGUCCAGGGAAGCUCAGAAGAGCAAACCGAUGAUUUCAACCCCAGACAAGAAGAAGCCACAGGAGAAGAAGAAAGUCACCCACAAAAAGGUGGAGAAGCUUCAGAAGAGAAGGGACAAGGCCAAGAAAAACUGGGAGGCGAUGGUGGAGAUCCCCGAGCUUUCUCCUGUGGAGCUGGAGGAAUUCCAGCAGAGGAUGAAGGAGUACUGCAACCCACCGUGGGAGGAGGUUGAUGGCGAAGAAGGAAAAGUGAGUGAGGAUUAUGGUUUGCAUCACGUCCAUGUGGUGGCACGCCACGGUGAUCGCACCCCCAUGACCCAAUUCACCAUCCCAGACAUCACCGUCGACACCGACUUCAACUGCGACCUGGAGACGGCAAGGGAGCAGCUACCGUCCUCGACGCUGCUGUCGCGCUUCAUCGCGUCCAUCACAGCCCAGGACGAGGCCUUACCGGCCUGGCCCCAGAUGCCCUGGUUCCUGCGCCAGCUGCCCAUCGGCGGCCAUCAGCAUCGGCGCUGCGGCCUGGCCCAGCUGACCCCCACGGGCUGGCUGCAGCUGAUGAAGCUUGGGGAGCGACUACGGCAGGCCUACACUGCCAAGCUGGUUCCCCACCGGGCCUACUUCCGUAACCCCAACAUGACGCGCUUCAAGAGCACGGUCAACUCCCGCACCCAGCAGAGCGCCUUUGCCUUCAUGUUUGGCUUCCUCCCGCGGCUGGAACUCCGGCACGGUGAGUGGCUGAAAGUUGCCGAGAACAUCGACUUUUGUCCCUCCAACUGGAACUGCUCCUGCCCGGCUCAGUCCCGCCUAGAAAAAAGCAAACAGCAGCUCCAGUGGGCAGCACAGAAGAACUCCACGGAAGUCCAGCGGCUACUGAAAUCGGUAGCAGCGCUGCUCAUGAAGGAGCCCAAGACCAAGAGCUUGCCAGGAAUCACGGGUCAGCAGGAACUUUACUCCGCCCUCAUCUGUCACAAGAAGCCCCUCCCCUGCAGUCCCUAUGGCUGCGUGGAGCAGAAACACUUGGCUAGAAUCAUCGCCUUCACGGACCGCGUCGGGCGGGAGCUGCGUAGCAAGGAGCACGGCCCCCACCAGAAGCUAGCACGGUUGGCCAUGCACCCGUUGCUGACGCAGGUCGCCUUACAGAUGAAGAAAAUCAGCCACGGUGCCUCCAACUACCCCAAGUUUGUCUUCUACUCGGGCCACGACAUCACCGUAACCCCGCUCCUGGACGCACUGGGUUUGGGAGACUAUCACUGGCCGCCUUACGCCGCAAACGUCGUCUUUGAGUUGUGGUCCAAAUCGGCCGAGUUCUUCUUGCGCGUGCUGUACAGCGGCCGUGACCAGACCAGUGCAGUUCGUUUUUGCCGGAACAACCUGAAUGCGGAUGGCCUGUGCCCCCUGCGGUACUUCCUUAAGUUUGUCAACAAGGAUAACAUGGGGUUCUUUCACGUGGACAGUUAUCAAAAAGCUUGCGAGUUGACGUUUUAAAAUGUCUUUUCACCUUGCAGCCUGCCAAAUUUGCCUUGAGAGUUUAUUCAACGUGCCGCCAGUUUUGAACAGUGCGAUGCUUUCAGUAUCUGAGGUUAGAAAAGGUGAAAGAUCCCACUCAGAGCUCAAAUUGUGAUGACCGAGUUGUACACUCCAGUCGCAUUUUGGCUCUGCGUACUGAAUUUAUUUAAUGGGUACCCUACUAGCAACCAAGCCAGGACACUUGCAUGAAUACGCGCCGGUCUGUGAGCAUUUAUGUUCAAAACCUACACAUCGUCAUUUCUUGUCAAGAUGUUGUCUGUGAUGCAGCAUACAAGUGCAUGAGCAUAAGGCCAAGAGUAAGAAAAGAUUUGGGUAUCACUUACAUUUUUGUGACGUUUGGGUGACUUUUAAAUCAAGGAUGUAACUAAUUAAUAUUUUAAAUGUUAAAAUCAGUCUUCUGUAAAAGGAGUCCAUGAUGGUUGUCUGAAUUACUGGACUGUACUUACUAAUGUGAACCUACGAUGUGCUGGGGACUGUUUCCUAUAGGCAUGUGUGUUAUUGCCAGCCGCAGCCGUGUUAUUUGGAGACAACCUUGCUGUUUUGGUAGCUGGUUUACCAAAGACUGAACCAAACCGUAAGCGGAGUUCAUGUCAGUGCCUCGUUCCUUGUUGCUGUGGUCAGUGGUGGUGGUCAAAGUUACGUCAGGGGCAAGCGUUAUUUCAGCCUGCUGUACGUGCGGUUAAGUUACGACCACGCAUGUGAGGCCGGAACAGUUUACAGCAAUUUUAUUUGGCUUACUUUCAAUUCUCUGACUUCCAAAUUUGCAUGUUUUUCUCCCUUGCCUGCUCACGGAAUGUGUAAAUUUUUUUUAUAUUGUAUUUGGAUCGUACAGGUGAUGUCUUGUCUUUUCCAGUACAGAUGGAUUCAAGCUGUGCAUUGUAUCCGCCUUGAGCAGAAGCACCCCCUCAUCGGUUGAAAAGAGCCAUGUUGGUCAGGAGUGUUCAUUUUGUUGGCAGUGGCAUGACCGUAACGUGAGCAUUUCAUAGUGGUUUGUGAGCCAGCCGAGUGCAGUUCCUACCAAAGGAGUCUGCGUUUGUUGGGAAAAUUGCGCCCUCUCUUGGUUGUUUUGGGACUCAUUGGAUGUCUUGAAUAUCGGCCAGAUCAUACUCUGUGUAAAUGCACGGUAAAUGUUUCCAAUGAAAUUCACUACAGCUGAAAUGUGUUCAACUUGUGUGUCACUUUGCGUUGCAGCUAUUUGUGAGGGAUUGUUACAAAGUGGAGUAGACUGUAUUGACACUGCCUUGCAAUGAAACGGUCGAGUUCGGGCGGACUGUUCUUGACAUGGGUUUCUUGUUCCCGCACUCGAAUGGUGGGAACAUGACUCAAG